AUGAUGCCAAGGUACACACCCAACUAUGCCCCCUACGCCGCUGCCGCCACCACCACCACCACCAAUGCCGCUCCGGUGAUCAAUCCAGAAUUCAGGCUUGCAUGUCACGUACUACUCUCCAAACAAACCGGCAGUUACAAUAACGUUGCUUUUUCGCCUUUGUGCAUCAAACUCCUUCUUAGUAUUGCCGCCACCGGGUCCAACGGCCCGGUUUGUGACCAACUCCGCUCGUUUCUCCAAUCAGAAUCCAUCAACAAUCUCAACUCGGUCGCAACCCAGCUCUUGUCUUCUGUUUUUGUUGACCGUUCUUCGAGCGGCGGGCCUCACCUCUCUUUCGCGAAUGGUGUUUGGAUUGACAAAACACUAUCUCUGAAGCCUUCCUUCUCACAAGUUUUGGAGAACACUUAUAAGUCUACUUUCUCUUCAGUUGAUUUCACAAACAGGGUUGAAGUAGCGAACGAGAUUAACUCAUGGGUUGAAAGGGAGACCAAAGGCGUAAUUAAGAACUUCAUUGAUUCUCGUUCAAUCCAAUCGACGGAUUUGAUCAUGGCUAACACACUCUACUUCAAAGGAUUAUGGAGAGACAUUGACAUCUUCAGAGAAACAGGUACACAGGAUGGCGACUUUCACCUCUUAGAUGGGGGUGGCUCAGUGAAGGUUCCCUUCAUGGAUGGAAGUCACCGCCAUUCUGCCAUUGCUCAUCAUUAUCAAGAUUUCAAGGUCCUCAGUCUUGAUUACAAGGAAGCCAGCAGCGAAGAUGUCCCCAGAAGGAGGUACACCAUGCAUAUUUUUCUUCCCGAUGAAAUCAACGGCUUGCCGGCUUUGGUUGAAAAGGUGUGUUCUGAUCCUGUAUCUCUUGCAAGAAUGCUCCCGUUCAGUUAUAUAGAUUUAGGUAAAUUAAAGAUCCCAAGAUUUAAGAUAUCUUUCAAGGUUGAGGCUUCUCCAAUGUUAAAGGAGAUGGGUUUGGUGUUACCAUUCAUGGAAGGAGCUUUCACUGAAAUUGUGGAAGAGAGGGCUGUGCAUAUUUCCAGGAUUUUCCAGAAAUGCAUCAUUGAAGUGAACGAAGAAGGGACCAAAGCUGCUGCAGCAACAGCGAUAAUGUAUUCUCCGACUUCUCCAUGGGGAAUAGUGAAUAAGCCUCCUCCUUUUGACUUUAUUGCAGACCAUCCGUUCUUGUUUCUGAUCAGAGAAAGGUAUAGUGGAACUGUUCUCUUUAUUGGUCAAGUGCUCAAUCCUCUUGAUGAAUGAUGCCAUAGAUAUCAAUACACCAAUGCAAAUGCUUAAUUGAUUAG